ACAGCCGAUUGGGUGAGCGCGCGUCACGUGACCGUCCUCCGACGACAGCUGAGCAGCAGCAGCAGCAGCAGCAGCAGCUAGCGCUAAAUGCGUUUUUCCUUCAACCUGUAACAUUGGACCCUUUUUUUUUUUUUAACUCCACUGAGUACACGUUUUCCUAAAAAUGGGAGACAAGAAGAGCCCCACAAGGCCAAAAAGACAAUCUAAGCCAUCCUCCGACGAUGGGUACUGGGACUGUAGCGUCUGCACGUUCAGGAACAGCGCUGAGGCGUUCAAGUGCUUGAUGUGUGAUGUCAGGAAGGGGACGUCCACCCGAAAACCACGGCCUGUGUCUCAACUGGUUGCACAGCAAGUAAAUCAGCAGUUUGCACCACCCACACACCCCAAAAAGGAGAAGAAAGAAAAAUCGGAGAAAGACAAAAGCGAUAAAGAACCAACACUGAAAAAGAAAAGCCAUAAAAAGUUGAGGCCCAGGUUAAAAAACAUAGACAGGAGCAGUGCCCAGCAUCUAGAGGUCACCGUUGGAGACUUGACUGUAAUAAUCACAGACUUUAAGGAGAAAGCCAAACCCAUGUCUACUCCUACAAGUGCCGCCUCAGCAGACCAACACAGUCAAAGCGGCUCAAGCUCUGAUAACACUGAACGAGGGGUCUCCAGAUGCUCUUCGCCGCACGGGGAAGGCUCGCCGGUUAACGGAGAGGCUCACUAACCUUUACACUUCCAGUUUCGCACAACCCCGUUCUUCUGCACUCUCAACAGCCUCAACCAGAGAUUAAACUUCAACAUGCACGUUUUUUUUUCUUCUUCUUCUUUUUUUUUAAACACGACUAUAAAUGCCAAUAUGAUAGCAUUCACCUCCAUUCAGGGGGUUGUAUUUCUCACUGCCUUCCCAUGAUGGUGUCAGGACAGAUGCUGCAUCAAAGAACUGUGGCAGCAAUAUCUACCAUGAUGAACUGAAAAGAGAAACUGUAGCAUUAAAUCGCGGAUAUCAGUGGAACUGUGCCACAUGUUAGUGGUGACCUCAGUGUUACGUCAGCAUCGCACACAGUCGGUCGUCGCUGCACAAAAUGAGUGACGCGUUACGGAAGAAAACACGAAGACGUCAUCUCAGAAUUGUAGUUUUUAAAUCUUGAACUUUGUUAUCGUUAUUUGCACUUAAUGGCAUCCUACGUUCACGAUAACAUCAUUUUAGCAUUAUUUCCACUUUUGCCGUUAUCAGUCAAUCAUAACACUGUCGGUGACUGGCCUCAUCCAGCUCUCAUUUUUAUGCCAUUUGAUGCGGUUAUCAUUUGUUUUGCUGUUUAACAUUUGAGUACAAAUAUUGAAUAAUUAUUCUAACUAUGCUUCUCCUUCACUUGGUAGAGUUGAGCAUGAUUUAAUCUAUAGAAUGGUUUAUAUUGUAAAAUAAUGUUAAAUAAAAUAAGUUGUAGAUA